AUGGCAACCUGUGCCAGAAGCCCCAAUGAGAAAAAACUGGGAGGGAAGACCAACAUCCCACAUUUCCUGUUCCAGCUGGCUGCAGCCUUAGAAAAUCCCACCAUCAAGUCACUGGAGUGGAAUGAAGAUGGCAAGGGCAUUAACCUGCAUGCCAAGCUGUACGAGGAAGAAGUCCAGCAACACCAAGAUUUGUUUCCUGAGCUCAAGAACCUGAAAUCUGCUCCAGUUUUGCAAGCUUGGCUGGCGAAUUACGGCUUCAAGGCAAGGAUGACCAAAACUGAUUCUGACAUGCUCACUUUUCAGCAUGCAGACUUCAAGAAGUUGUCUCCGAGGGCAGAGGAGGCUGAAAGCGCCAAAAUGGAAGCUUCUCUUCUUCUGAAGCAGCCCAAGAAAUCUAAGAAAAGGAAGUCCACUCAAGAGACCACCCCAGUUCCACCUGCCUCCCCGGGGACUUCUCUGCCCCCAGAAUCUGCAACUACCGAGAAAAAAUCCCAGCGUUUGCGUCCUUUAUAUCAAUACAUUAACUACGACAACCCAGAAAUGAAUAGACCGUUGGACAAGGAAUAUGAUCUGCCCCCAAUGGAGGCUCCUUCUACCCAAGAAAACAAGACAGGCGCCAUAGAACUGAGAACAACUCCAUCAAUAGAAGAGAAAGGCAGGGAACUGAGGAGUCUACCGAGUGCCACUUCUGGAGCUGCGGUGAAAACAGAGGUGGAUAAGUCUACUCAAGUGGACAUUGAUAAGAUGCUCAGCGUCUGUGCAGCUCACCUAGUCCCACCCCUGUCCCCGCAGAACAAAUAAUCGUAUCUGAUAGGAGGCCAAGCUCGUUGCUCAACGGUGCUUUUCUUCCAGAAACUGGAGUUUGCUCCUUGAAGGUCAUCUGAGGAGCAUCAAAUUCUUUUAAGUUUUGUUCAUUAUAGUCAGGGUCAAAAAGUGUAAGUAUUUGUCUUGUUCCUUGCUGUAAAAUAAGAGGAAAAAAUGGAGGCAGUCUAAACAGGAGUGGAAUUGCUCCUGUCUAAAUACUGUAAAUUAGUGCCAAA